AUGAACAGGUGCGAUCAGUCCGUAGAACGAUUAAAAUCGGUUCAAUUAUUGAGGAACGAACUGCUUUGCCGAAGCCGAGAGAGCGUGGAAGUACGGGCAUUUGCGGUUGAUCGAUCUGUCGAAGAGCUUUCGGUGUCGUUUAAAAAGCUAAAGAUGCUAAUGAAUGAUGAAUCUAAAGUGCGUGCAGAGCGUGACGGUGCGUUGUCCCUGCUCUGUGAUGAGAAGCUCGGGGGCGUGAAAAAGUCACUUUCUGACCAUUAUUCACAGCAACUGGCUCGUUUAUCCAGUGUGGUUAGAAUGGUCGAUCCCUUACUAGAAAAGGCAUUCACCGAUCUUUCCCAGAGCCGAUUGCUACACGAUACGAAGAACGAGGUUAUCUGUAAGGAGGGUCUCCAACGUUUACAGGAGACGGCUGAAAUGAUAGAGGAAGAGUCAGUUAGACGUGAGUAUGCGGAAUCUAACUUCUUGGAAGAGGCGGGGAAGGAAAUUAUUAUUCUUUCGAAGAAAUUGGAUUUGCUUCACUCUCGUAGAGCUUCGUCCAUUGAACAGUGCCGUGCUGUAAUAGCGGUAUCUUUGAAUAGGCCGUUAAUGUCGGCCCUCAAUUUGUCGCCUAAGAGGGAGAUGAUGAAAGAAGAGUUAUUGAUAGAAAUAGUGCACGAGACCGAGCUUCUCGUGGAGGCAUUGAGCCACGAGCACCGAACACGCGAGGGGAAUCUUCAAGAAGCGAUGUCGAAACUACACCAAUUUUGA